AUGACAGGCGUCGCCUCCGUGGUCACGCAACGCACAGAAUCCUCCGAUAACGAUGUAGGCACCGAGAAGCAGACGACUGAUUGGAAGGCGAUCAUCAUCGCCGCGAUUGUCACAUUCAUCGCCGCCGUUGAGAAUACGGUCGUCGGAAUGAGCGAAUGGGCUUACAUGAAUGAGAUCGACAAGAUCGCCGACCCUCAAUUCUUUGGGAAUGCGACAGCGGCAUCGAAAGCGUUUCACGCGUUAGCCGCUGUUGGCUUCGCCUAUUGGUGCUACAAGACACAGUCUUACAGGGUCCCAUUGGUUGCCGGGCGUGUCAUCGCGUUCUGCGCGUGUUUGCUCUACCUUUGCGUAGAAAUGGUGCAAGAUGGAAGGCGAUACAUCAUGGCGACUUGCUACAUCUUCUUCGGAAUCGCUGCGAGUUCUUCUACAAUUCUUCGAGCUUACAUCGCGGCAGUUUCGGCGCAUCAAGACCGACCGCAGGCUUAUUCAACAUCCACUUGUGCUAUAAUGCUUUCAAUCGUGGUGGGACCCGUGAUUCAAGCAAUUUUCUCCGGCAUGAAAUAUCCAGGAGUCGAGAUUCUCACCAAUGUCCGCCUCCAUUUGUAUUCGGCGCCAAUUUGGGUGGCGGCGUUCACCAAUUUCCUAUCGGUCGCCAUCAUUCUGAUAUUCCUCAAAGAGCUGCCAAGACGAACAAAAGCGAAAAUUAUGAAGAACAACAAAUCCCUACUAACACUUCAAGGCCUGAAAUCAAGAGUGAACGAAAUUGCCACAAAAAACUUCGAUUGGCCCAUUAUUGGUCUCUGCUGGGCGAUGAAAAUGAUCACCACAAUAUCGGUGGUCACACUAACGACUCUCACCGCAAUUAUACUAAUCACCAAUUAUGGUUGGAGCCGACAACGAACGGUGCUUUUCACGGCAAUCACAAUGAUAAUUGUCGGGCUUUUAUCGAUCGGUGUUGCCGUUUUAUAUUUUUCGUGCAAUUUGGGAAAAUAUAUCCAGCAGAGGUUCGCAUUCCUUGUCGGAAUCAUCAUAUUCACUUCAAUGUAUCUAUUCUCGUACCCAUUUCAUUUUUCCAGCAACCUCGUUGCUCCAUAUAACAAAAUUGACGAUCUCGGAUGUAAUCCACAAAAAUACUAUUGGUGCUUUAUUGAAUAUGCGCCUUCACCCUACUUACUACUCGGCACAAUAACCCUUGUAAUGGGAAUUGGAAUCCCGUUGGCUCUAGUGGCUCUCGACGCGAUCUACUCGAAAUGUUUGGGCGAUUCGGAUCAGAGUAUCAUGCAGGGAGCGAUAAUCGUCGCCGAGGACGUCAUUCUCAUCUCGGGACCCAUUUAUGUGUCAUCGGUGUUCACCUUCUACGGUCUUUCAAUGGUCUGGAUGAUCAACGGUGUUGUCGUCGCCGUCGGCGCAUUUCUAUGGUUGUUGUGUUUCCCGAAACUUGAAAAGUAUUCCUAA